AUGGAUCCCGAUAUGGUUUCGUCGACGGGCUGGCCCACAUCCUCCUUUGCAUACCAGAUUAACGUCGUGUCUGGAUGGGACGCGUAUAACGCGGCACGGAUAUGUCGCGCACACGUCCUCGCAACAAACGAGCUGGUAACGAUUCGCUGCUUGAAUGCGGAAGUACUGACUUCAUCGGAGCAGCGUCUGCAGGACGAGGUGCGCGCGGCCGUGCUCAGCCGUCAGCUGGCCCAUCCCAACAUCUACCAGCCGUUUGUCCACUUUGUCACGGCCGAUGACCCCGCCGAGCUGUGGACGGUCGGCCCCUACACGCCACAAGGCUCGCUCCGAGAUCUGCUCGAUACGACGUUUCCAAACGGUUGUGACGAAGUGCUCACCGCAACAGUCCUGCACGAGGUGCUACAAGCCCUUGUGCAUUUGCACAAGCUGGGAAUCGUGCACAACCGCAUCAACGCGGAGAGCGUUGUCAUCACCGAAGCGUUGCGCGUGUGCAUCACCAACUUCCAGUACUCGCGGGACAUCCAUUUUGAUGGCGACGGCAGUGGAAAACUGUUCGACUGCCCAACAGACCACAGCAUUCUGCCCUGGCUUGCACCAGAGGUCAUUUCGCAGGCUGCCCACGGUUACAUGACAAAGGCGGACAUUUACGGCUUGGGCGUCCUGGCGCUGGAAAUGCUCAACGGUGAUCAGCCAUACGCAGGGCUCGAACUGCCACAGAUGCUGCUGUACAAGAUUCAGGGGAUCAAGGUGGGCGUGGCACCAACAAAGAACGUUUCGCGACACAUGAAAGUGUUUCUGUCGCAAUGCCUCAACGUCGAUCCUGACCUGAGGCCAUCAGCUUCUGACCUGUUGCGCCACCCGCUCUUCAGACAGGUGCGGCGUGUGCGGGCAACAGUCGACCGCUACAUGCCGCGAACAACCCGCCCCGUCAUCUCCAUCCCGGAGGACGCCUUCCACUUUGGCCUGCCCCUCGAAGAGCCGGACCUGCCGGACACAUUUGAGCGGCACGCGUUCCCGCAGCUGUUCCAGGGCGGGCUGACGGUGUACCAGGGCGAAUCCACACACGAGCACACAUGCGUUUGCGGAAGCGUUGGAAGCGGAGACCAAGGCACAAGCGGCCGCGAAGAGUGA